GGGAGAGAAACAUGGUUGCUCUCACAACAACCACAGCAACCCCAGGGCCCGGCUGUCGAUUUGCAACGGCUGCCUGUGACAAGCCCUCGAAGGGUUAACCUUAUCUUUUGUGAUUGCGCGGCUCCUGCCCCUUUAAUUGCUUUCACUUUCGCCGGAGCGGAAGUUGGAAGAAAGAGCCCCUGUAAAGCAAGGUAGCCAGUGUGGGAGCCUCAAUGUCGCGGACCGCCGAGGCGCCUUCUCGCUGAGCCCCUCCGAAGAAAGGCGGGCUGGAGCCGCCGCCGCCGCCGCCGCGAUGAGCAAAGAAGCGGAGUGGAAAGACUCGCUGCUCUACUACUACUGCAUCAAAUUCGCGCUCUCUGCCUAUUCCACCCUCUUCUCGAUCAUAGGCUUGGUGAUCCUCUGUGUCGGCAUUUAUGCGGAGGUGGAAAGACAGAAGCAUCGGACCUUGGAAGGCCUCUUCCUUGCUCCAGCCGUGAUCCUCCUCCUGUUGGGCACAACUAUGUUUGCAGUUUCCUUUAUUGGAAUGGUGGGAUCCCUCCGAGACAACAGGACACUGCUGAAAACUUUCUUCUGGGUUCUCUUGGUGAUCUUCAUCACAGAGUUGCUGCUGCUGCUUGUUGAAAUAAUCUUUGAAAAACAGAUGAAUGCAGUCUUCCAUGCCAGUGUUCAAGAUGGUAUAAGGCACUAUUACGAUGACUUGGACUUCAAAAAUAUUUUGGACUUUGUGCAGCAGAAGUUUUCCUGCUGUGGAGGUGACGAAUUCACAGACUGGAAUGUUAAUCCAUACCAUGCAUGCAACAGCAGUGGCCCUCUGGCUUGCGGAGUGCCCUACACAUGCUGCAGGAAGGUCCCUGGUGAGGUCAUCAAUACACUAUGUGGAUACAGGACUCUAAAUAAAGAGAGGCUGGAACUGGUGGACAUCAUCUAUGUGCGUGGCUGCAUCCAUGCAGUGGGCUUGUGGUUAAAAGACAAUUUUGAGGCUACUUUUGGGAUGGUUUGCUCUUUGCUUCUUCCUCAGGCCAUCGGGUUGGUGAUGGCCUGGCUUUACUGGCAGAAGCUCAACGAGAUUCAUUCCAGGUUGGAUACAGUUGAUUUCAAGCGCCUGGACAUGAGUGACUUCAACUUUGCCGCUGUGGACCUGACAGGCGCUGGCUGGUGCUGGUGCCUGCCCCGAGAAGGUGGCUACAUUCCAGUCCAAGAUAAAGAGGAGAAUGUGGCUGAUGAUGCCAUCUGCCAAAGCAAAGUAUGACAUUCUUGGGUUCUCUGAAUAAGUGGGCUCUGCAAGAGAAGUUGGAGCCCGAAGCAUUCAAAGAUAGCACUACGUGAAGGACAAGACACGAGGGACGUAAGUUAAUGACAUGUAGCAUGAAUUACAUAUCUGUGUGGUCUUUAUCACAAAAGGUGCUUGUGACCAUACACAGCCUUCAGGUGUGUAUGUCUGCGUGUGACUGUGUCUAAUUCAGGUCCAGUUUGGGUCCUGAGAGAGCAUUUCCCUGAUCCAGGAGGUUCCAAUUUUUUGUAUGUCUCUUUUUCCUGAAAAAAAAAAUAAAUUUGAAUUUUGUGGGGAAAAAA